GCCCACAGCUCAGGACCACUCUCCUGGGACUACGGCUUCUUGACUACUGCCCCUUCUCCCCUCCAUCUAAACUGCAUCAUGACUGAAUUCACUGCUGACCAGAUUGAGGACUUCAAGGAGGCCUUUGGUCUCUUUGACAGAGUUGGUGACAACAAGGUUGCCUACAACCAGGUUGCUGACAUCAUGCGCGCCCUGGGACAGAACCCCACCAACAAGGACGUGAAGAAGAUCCUGGGUGACCCAUCUGCCGAAGAUAUGGCCAACAAGAGGAUUGACUUCGACGCUUUCAUACCCAUGCUGAAAACCGUGGAUGCCAUCCAGAAGGGCACCUACGACGACUACGUUGAGGGUCUGCGCGUCUUCGACAAGGAGGGCAACGGCACAGUGAUGGGCGCUGAGCUGCGCAUCGUGCUGUCCACACUGGGUGAGAAGAUGUCCGAGCCCGAGGUUGACGCCUUGAUGCAGGGACAGGAGGACGAGAACGGCUCUGUCAACUAUGAAACCUUCGUCAAGCACAUCUUGUCUGUGUAAGACGUCGCCCCCCCGGCCCAAGGGAGUGGUGAGAAAGGCGGUGUAUCUACAGACCCCAUGGUGUCAGGACAUCAACUCCAUUUCUUAAGACCAACCGAGCAACAACAAAAAGGACUAUAAGAUGUCAUAAAACCACUUUUUUUUUUUUUUUCGCCCCCAUCUCUUUGGAAGUCACAGCCCCCCCACCCCCCCUCCCCCCCUCCCCCCCUACACACACCUUCUCUUAAGCAGUCAAGCCCUAUUUUCCUUUUUGUUCCGCCCGGCGCGGCGGUCCGCGGUGCGGCGGAGACCGAAGGGGGUAGGCAGCGUCCACUCACCAAGUGAGGGUGCGUUCCCUGUUCCCUCGCCCGCCCGGGUCACUCCAGCACCAGCCAGCCGUGCUAAAGGCACCUGCAGCAGCCGCGGACGGCCUGCACACGGUCCCCCAGCCCAGCCCAGCCCGGCCCGGCCCGGCCCGGCCCUCACACAUUCAUUUCACAAUAAACUCUUUUUCCAAAAGCGC